UUUUUAGCGGGAGGAGCAGUCCUUGCGUUAAGCCGUGUGAGGCCCUUUAAGGCCUCAUUCAGCCGCACUCAGCAUGGCGGCCUCAGUCGGCCUUCCAAGUGUGGCGCGGGUGGGGAGGGGGAGGGCGGGGCGGGACCGCUGUGCGCCUUGUAGUGAAUAAUUUAAAGGGACCGCGCCUGCGGAAUCGGGCGGAACGCUAGCGGUGUUGGCACGGAGUGGACCCCGGCUGCCGCCCCUGGCAAUGGCGCCACCAUCGGUCCCGGAGUCCCAGUGAUGCUCCGUGCCAUAGAGCCCCCAUAACUUCACUACUACGUGAUAGUAAAUCUCUGGCAAAAACCAGCAGCGCCUUGCAAGCCCACACCACACCAAGCAUCCCAGGACUCUUCUGAAACGACUACGGGCUACCAGAUCGGCAGUCCAGCUGGAAUCAACCGAUGGAGGCUCCGCUGCAAACUGGAAUGGUGCUGGGCGUGAUGAUCGGGGCAGGAGUGGCGGUGGUGGUCACGGCCGUGCUCAUCCUCCUGGUGGUGCGGAGGCUGCGAGUGCCAAAAACCCCAGCCCCGGAUGGCCCCCGGUAUCGGUUCCGGAAGAGGGACAAAGUGCUGUUCUAUGGCCGGAAGAUUAUGCGGAAGGUGAGUCCAGGUAUGUGGGGGUCUCAGGUUUGCCUGAGCCUUCUCCCUGUCCCCCUCACCCCCCGGCACCCCUCCCCUCCCACCAGGAUUCUGCGCAUCCAGAAAGAGACCCCCACGCUGCAGCGGAAGGAGCCCCCUCCCGCAGUGCUGGAAGCUGACCUCACCGAGGGCGACCUGGCUAACUCCCAUCUGCCCUCCGAAGUGCUUUAUAUGCUCAAGAAUGUCCGGGUGCUGGGCCACUUCGAGAAGCCGCUCUUCCUGGAGCUCUGCCGCCACAUGGUCUUCCAGCGGCUGGGCCAGGGUGACUAUGUCUUCCGGCCGGGCCAGCCAGAUGCCAGCAUCUACGUGGUGCAGGACGGGCUGCUGGAGCUCUGUCUGCCGGGGCCUGACGGGAAGGAGUGUGUGGUGAAGGAAGUGGUUCCCGGGGACAGCGUCAACAGCCUUCUCAGCAUCCUGGAUGUCAUCACCGGUCACCAGCAUCCCCAGCGGACCGUGUCUGCCCGGGCGGCCCGGGACUCCACAGUGCUGCGCCUGCCCGUGGAAGCGUUCUCUGCGGUCUUCACCAAGUACCCGGAGAGCUUGGUGCGGGUCGUGCAGAUCAUCAUGGUGCGGCUGCAGCGAGUCACCUUCUUGGCGCUGCACAACUACCUGGGUCUGACCAAUGAGCUCUUCAGCCACGAGAUCCAGCCGCUGCGUCUGUUCCCCAGCCCCGGCCUCCCAACUCGCACCAGCCCUGUGCGGGGCUCCAAGAGGAUGGUCAGCACCUCAGCUACAGACGAGCCCAGGGAGACCCCAGGCCGGCCACCUGACCCCACCGGGGCCCCGCUGCCUGGACCUACAGGGGACCCCGUGAAGCCCACAUCCCUGGAAACCACCUCGGCCCCUCUGCUGAGCCGCUGCGUCUCCAUGCCAGGGGACAUCUCAGGCUUGCAGGGUGGCCCCCGCUCCGAUUUCGACAUGGCCUAUGAGCGUGGCCGGAUCUCCGUGUCCCUGCAGGAAGAGGCCUCCGGGGGGUCCCAGGCAACCCCCGCUCGGACCCCCACUCAGGAGCCCCGUGAGCAGCCAGCGGGCGCCUGUGAAUACAGCUACUGUGAGGAUGAGUCGGCCACCGGCGGCUGCCCCUUCGGGCCCUACCAGGGUCGCCAGACCAGCAGCAUCUUCGAGGCAGCAAAGCGGGAGCUGGCCAAGCUGAUGCGGAUCGAGGACCCCUCCCUCCUGAACAGCCGAGUCUUGCUGCACCACGCUAAAGCCGGCACCAUCAUUGCCCGCCAGGGAGACCAGGACGUGAGCCUGCACUUCGUGCUCUGGGGCUGCCUGCACGUGUACCAGCGCAUGAUUGACAAGGCGGAGGACGUGUGCCUGUUUGUAGCGCAGCCCGGGGAGCUGGUGGGGCAGCUGGCGGUGCUCACUGGCGAACCUCUCAUCUUCACGCUGCGAGCCCAGCGCGACUGCACCUUCCUGCGGAUCUCCAAGUCCGACUUCUAUGAGAUCAUGCGCGCACAGCCCAGUGUGGUGCUGAGCGCGGCGCACACGGUGGCAGCCAGGAUGUCGCCCUUCGUACGCCAGAUGGACUUCGCCAUCGACUGGACGGCAGUGGAGGCCGGACGCGCGCUGUACAGGCAGGGGGACCGCUCCGACUGCACUUACAUCGUGCUCAAUGGGCGGCUGCGUAGCGUGAUCCAGCGAGGCAGUGGCAAGAAGGAGCUGGUGGGCGAGUACGGCCGCGGCGACCUCAUCGGCGUGGUGGAGGCGCUGACCCGGCAGCCGCGAGCCACGACGGUGCACGCGGUGCGAGACACGGAGCUGGCCAAGCUUCCCGAGGGCACCUUGGGUCACAUCAAACGCCGGUACCCGCAGGUUGUGACCCGUCUUAUCCACCUGCUGAGCCAGAAAAUUCUAGGAAAUUUGCAGCAGCUGCAAGGUCCCUUCCCAGGCUCUGGGCUGGGUGUGCCCCCACACUCGGAACUCACCAACCCAGCCAGCAACCUGGCAACGGUGGCAGUCCUGCCCGUGUGUGCUGAGGUCCCCAUGGUGGCCUUCACGCUGGAGCUGCAGCAUGCCCUGCAGGCCAUUGGUCCGACGCUACUCCUUAACAGUGACAUCAUCCGGGCACGCCUGGGGGCCUCCGCACUGGAUAGAGCACCCAGGGCCCUUGGUGACCGCUUUAGCAUGACUUCAGUGCUGGAACCUGUGUUGGACCUCACGUACCCAGUUACCUCCAUGUUCACUGGGUCUGCCUUUAACCGCAGCAUCCACCGGGUCUUCCAGGAUAAACAGAUUGAGGACCUGUGGCUGCCUUACUUCAACGUGACCACAGAUAUCACCGCCUCAGCCAUGCGAGUCCACAAAGAUGGCUCCCUGUGGCGGUAUGUGCGCGCCAGCAUGACGCUAUCGGGCUACCUGCCGCCGCUGUGCGACCCCAAGGACGGGCACCUACUCAUGGAUGGCGGCUACAUCAACAACCUGCCAGGCAAGUGGCUGCCCGCACCACCCACACACGAUGUGGGCUACCAGUACGGGAAGGCAGUGUUUGGAGGCUGGAGCCGUGGCAACGUCAUUGAGAAAAUGCUCACAGACCGGCGGUCUGCAGACCUUAAUGAGAGCCGCCGUGCAGAUGUGCUUGCCUUCCCAAGCUCUGGCUUCACCGACUUGGCAGAGAUCGUGUCCCGGAUUGAGCCCCCCACAAGCUAUGUCUCCGAUGGCUGUGCUGACGGAGAGGAGUCAGAUUGUCUGACAGAGUAUGAGGAGGACGCCGGACCCGACUGCUCGAGGGAUGAAGGGGGGUCCCCGGAGGGCGCAAGCCCCAGCACUGCCUCUGAGAUGGAGGAGGAGAAGUCGAUUCUCCGGCACCGACACUGUCUGCCCCAGGAGCCGCCCGGCUCAACCACAGAUGCCUGAGGACCUCGCCAGGGGUCACCCCCUUCCCCCCGCCCCUGGACUGGGCUGGGGAUGGCCCUGUGGGGGUAGCUCACUCCCCCUCCUGCUGCUAUGCCUUGACCCCCGGGGCUCACACACUGGACCGACCUGCCCUGAGCGGGGAUGCCGUGUUGCACUGAUGACUUGACCAAUCCCCUCCCCCAAUAAACUCACCUCUUGGAAAUG